AUGUGUCGUGUAAUAUGGUUUCUGAAAACAUUGCUAGUCUCUCAACUUUUUCACUUCUCUGCUUCCAUGAAUGCCAUCACACCAAACAACUCUAUCAAAGAUGGUGAGGUUAUAGACUCUACCGAAAAAAUCUUUACUCUUGGAUUCUUCAGUCCGGGUAAGUCCACCAAACGAUAUGUUGGAAUUUGGUAUUAUCAAGAUCCUGAUAAAGCCAUUGUUUGGGUGGCUAAUAGAGAUGAUCCAAUCAACGAUAGAUCCGGGGUCCUCUCAAUCAACAACGGAAACCUUGUCCUGUCUGAAAAAAACCAAACUGUUAUUGUCUGGUCCACAAAUGUUUCAGUCACAUCCACCAGCAACACCAAAGCUCAGCUCUUAGAUACAGGAAAUCUUGUUUUGGUCGAACGUGACACCAAGAAGACACUAUGGCAAGGUUUUGAUCAUCUUACUAAUACUCUGAUUCCGUUUAUGAAACUUGGGUUGGACAGACAAAGAAGUGUGAAUUGGUCCUUAACGUCUUGGAAAUCCCCAGAUGAUCCUGGAACUGGAAACUACUCUUACCGAUUCGAUUCAACUGGAUUUCCUCAGUUGUCAUUGUACAGGGGUCCGGAUAAGAUAUGGCGAACUGGCUCGUGGACAGGUCAAAGAUUGAUCGGCAUACCUGAAAUACAGUGGAGUAAAAUUUCGUUCUCUACUUUUGAAGAUAACGAAGAUGAAUUAUCCUCAAUGUACGGUGUAACUAACUCUUCAGUGAGGAUAAGAUUGGUACUAAAUGAGUCAGGAGUUACGCAAAGGUUCUCAUGGGAUAAGAGAUGGAUUCAGUUUGCUUCUGCCCCAAUGGAGCAGUGUGAUUAUUAUGGGAAUUGUGGCGCCAACAGUAACUGUAACCCGUAUAAUGUUGGAUAUGUAGACUUUGAGUGCACGUGCCUACCUGGGUAUGAACCCGAGAAUCCACAAUCAUGGUUCUACAGAGACGGUUCGGAUGGGUGCAGAAGAAAGCAAGGUAUGUCCACGUGUCAAAAAGGAGAAGGAUUUGUUAAGGUGGCACGUUUGAAGGUGCCGGAUACAAAUGUCACACAUGUGGACUUGAGUUUGGGGUUGAAGGAAUGUGAAAGAAAGUGCUUGAGCAAUUGUAGUUGCUUAGCUUACACAAGUGCAUAUGCUGAAAGUGAGGGAGGAGCUACUGGAUGCUUGACAUAUCAUGGGAAUAUGAUGGAUGCGAGAACAUAUACAAAUACUGGUCAAGAUUUCUAUGUUCGUGUUAAUGCAACUGAGUUAGCACUUUAUAAGAAGAAUGGUUCACUACUUGCCAAGAAGACAAUUGUGAUACUUUCUUUAGUGGCAUUGCUUUUCACGAUAACCUUGAUGUUUUCAUUCUUCCGAAGGAAGAAAAAGAGGAAGGCAAAAUACAGGACAUCUUCAUUUAACUUGGCUGCAAGUUCAACAUACUUAGAUGACUCUUUUGAUAUUCAAGAACAAGAUGGGAAUACAAGAGAUCCAGAUUUACCAAUGUUUGACCUUAGAACCAUUGUUGCGGCUACAGAUAAUUUCUCUACUGAUAACAAACUUGGAGAAGGUGGUUUUGGCUCUGUUUAUAAGGGUCGUCUUCAUAAUGGAAAGGAGAUAGCAGUUAAAAGACUCUCAAAAUACUCUGGACAGGGAAUAGAAGAGUUCAAGAAUGAAAUCUUACUUAUUGCGAAACUACAACACAGAAAUCUUGUGAGGAUUCUAGGUUGUAGCAUUGAAGCGGAAGAAAAAAUGUUAAUCUAUGAAUAUUUGCCAAAUAGAAGCUUGGAUUGUAUUAUUUUCUAUGAAACACAAAGCUCGUUGUUGGAUUGGGGAAAACGCUUGGAUAUUAUUUGGGGAAUUGCUCGCGGAAUCCUUUAUCUACAUCAAGACUCAAGAUUCAGAAUCAUCCAUAGAGAUCUAAAGGCCAGCAAUGUUCUACUGGAUGCUACAAUGAACCCAAAAAUUUCAGAUUUUGGUAUGGCUAGGAUAUUUGGAGGGGAUCAAAUUGAAGCAAAUACCAAUCGAGUUGUUGGAACAUAUGGUUACAUGUCACCAGAGUAUGCAAUGCAAGGGUUAAUUUCAGUGAAGUCUGAUGUUUAUAGUUUUGGGAUCUUAAUGUUGGAGAUCAUCACCGGUAGAAAGAACAGUAAAUUUCUUGUUGAAGAUUCUGCCUCUUCAUAUUUGGUUGGACAUGUUUGGAACCUAUGGAAUGAAGGUAAAAGCAUAGAGAUAGUUGACAAAGCAUUGGGUGAAUCAUAUCCUGCUGAUGAAGUAUUGAGAUGCAUUCAAAUUGGGCUCCUGUGCGUGCAAGAACAGGCGAUAGAUCGGCCAACUAUGUCCGCAGUUAUUUUCAUGUUAGGCAAUGUCAAUGGCCUUCCUUCUCCAAAACAACCGGCUUUUAUUGGGAACAAAAUCUCCUUUGUGGCUGGCUCAUCGACUAGUGAAGGAGUUGGUUCUGUAAAUGAGGUGACAAUUAGUAUGUUUCAAGGGCGCUAACAGCAAGCUCCUUGUAAUUUUGGACUGACAGAAACUAUAUCAGGCGAACCCCAUUAUUUAUCUGAUUCAAGAUUAAAUGGGUAACACUCCUUAAUAUAUAGGCAGAGGAG